AUGUCGAAAUUCGAUAUCCCUCGCCUUACCAAGGCACUAGUACUUUGCAAAUCCGCGACGCUGCAGAAACCGGUUUACAAUGAUGCAAAGGUAGAACUGAGGGAAAUCCCGCCUCUCAGAGCCAGCGAAGUCUUGGUGAAGGUUGGAGCAGCUGCAUUCAACCACAGAGAGCUAUGGAUUCGUAAAGGAUUGUAUCCGAAUAUUGCGUUUGGGAGUGUCUUUGGCGCUGAUGGAGCCGGUGUUGUUGUGGCAUCCGGCCAACCAAAGGAUUCACUUCUCAACUCACGCGUCUUCAUGUCGCCAAUGGUUGGCUGGGAAAAGAACCUCGAUGGGCCAGAGUCUCCAAAGUUUGGAGUCGUUGGGGGCGUCGCUUAUCCUCCCCUCGGGUACUUCGCCAACUAUGUCGUCGUCGAUAGAUCGUUGGUGAUCAAAUCCGCCAGCCAUCUCGACGAUGUUCACAUGGCCGCGUGGCCCUUAGCUGGUCUAACGGCUUGGAGGGCAAUUACCACCUGCGCUAGCGUCCAAUCUGGCCAAAACAUCUUGAUAACGGGCAUAGGCGGCGGAGUGGCUCUUGUGGCUCUUCAAUUAUGCGUCGCUAAAGGCGCACAUGUUUAUGUGACAAGCGGUAGCACGGAGAAGAUCAACAAGGCCAUUGUACUAGGUGCUGAAGGAGGAGCAAACUAUAAAGAUGAUAACUGGCCUUCCCAGAUUUACAAGUCAUUGAAGAAAGUCCGGGGCGAAGACGCUGUCUUUGAUUCGGUCAUUGAUUCUGGUGGAGGCGAUAUUAUGUCUCAAGUGAGCAGGUGCCUCAAGCGAGGCGGAAAGGUUGUCUGUUAUGGAAUGACUGCCAAUCCAAAGAUUACGUUCACAAUGAGAGAAGUGAUGCGAAACCAGCACCUCAUUGGAACAAUGAUGGGCUCGCUGCAGGACAUGAGAGACGCGACCGCGUUCCUGGAGGAGCACCGUAUCGUGCCGGUAGUAUCCCAUGUGCUAGAAGGUCUAGAAUCCGCAGAGGAGGGAUUCGAGAUACUGAAGAAGGGAGAUCAAUUCGGCAAGGUAGUUGUUAGAAUCUCGGGCGAGAAAAGAUCAGGGAAACUGUAG